UUAAAAUAGAAGAAGCAUUCGCGUCUAGCAAAUUGCGCGAAUUAAAUUUUUCAUGACAGAUAUAUAAUAAAUAAAGAAAUUAAUUAAAUUACUCUUUGGAAUUAAAAGAAAAUAAAUACAAAAAUGCAGCCGACUAUAGCUUCAUUUUUUCAAAAAGCAUCAACCUCUACCAAUGGCCACAACAAGUCUAAAGAUAACAAACCUGAGCCCAAAAAACGUAAAGCUCGCGUAAUUUCCAGUGAUGAAGAUGAUGAUAUACCCGAAUCGCCUAAAGUCUCCAAAUCGAGAGAUGCCAAAAAAUCUAAAGUGGAAAACACAGCUACUACCUCGCCACCCAGCAGCAAAAAACAACCAAACUUGAACAAAAUAAAAUCACCCAAAAAGGCAUCCGUCAGACCUGUUGAUCCUAUGUCCUUGUUUGGUGGUGAAACUAAACGUGUAGAAGCUAAAAAGUCAGCCAAACCGAAAGAGAAAGCUAUGCUUGAAUUUGAAGACAAUGAAAUCGAUCAGAGUCUGAUGGAAAUCGAUUUGGAAGAAAGUGUUUUAGAAAGUAACAAAAAAGAGGAGGACAAUGUUAAGGAAAAGUCUAAGAAAUCAGAUAAAAACAAUAGUCAGGAACAUAAGAAGUCACCGGAGGAGAAAAAGGAAUCAUCGAGAUCUUCUAAAAAGGAGGAGACAAAGGAAUCAUCGUCAUCUAAAAAGGAGGAGAGAAAGGAAUCAUCAUCAUCUUCUAAAAGGGAGGAGAAAAAGGAAUCAUCUGGUAAAAAAGAGGAAAAAACUACACCUAAGGAAACGAGCAAAUCAGAGAAACAUAAGAAAAAAUCUCCUAAAUACGACGACGAAGAAGAAGAUAAACCUAAAAAUAAGAAACCGAGACAAAAACAACAGGAUUUGGAAUCUAGCGUCUUAUCGGAUGAAGAACGUCACGAACGUAAACGAAUGACCGCCAUGUUGUAUCAAAAAUUUAAAAAUCGUUCUGCAGUAUUAAAUCCUGGAAGCAAAGAAGUUCCUAAGGGCAAACCCAAUUGUUUGGCCGGUUUAACAUUUCUUGUUACUGGUGUGCUAGAGUCACUGGAACGUGAUGAAGCGGGCUCUAUUAUAAAAGAAUAUGGCGGUAAAACCAUGACAGUUGUUGGCAAACGUUUGAAUUAUCUUAUAGUUGGCGAAGAUUCUGGUCCCAAAAAACUAGCUCAAGCUGAAGAGUUUGGUGUAAAAAUUCUCAGUGAAGAUGAUUUCUUGAAUUUAAUACGUGAGAAAUCAGGCAUGAAGAAAGAACAAUCGCAUGACUCAAGUAUUAGAGAUGAUGGUGAGAAGCCCUCAACUAGUCCCAAACAAAAGAAAGGGGAAAGCAAGGAAAAGAAGGAACAAAAGGAGAAAGUGGAAAUUAAAAAAGAGAAACUCGAAUCUCCCACAGAAAAGAAACCAAAGUUAGAGGAGUUGAAUAAUAACCUCGGCAGCCAUAAAAUUAAAAAAGAAAUGGAGGAUAAAAAACCAGAAGUUAAACAAGAAGUUAAAAUUAAAAAAGAAGUGGAGAUUAAACAGGAAUUCCCCAGACCUCCACCCGUUACAGAAGAUAUGAUGACCUGGGUGGAUAAAUAUAAACCAGCCACAGUAAAAGAUAUUAUAGGUCAACAGGGAGCAGCCAGUAAUGUAUACAAGCUUACUAAUUGGUUAUCUAAAUGGUAUAUAAAUCAUGAUGGUAAAAAGAAAUUGCAAAAACCAAAUCCCUGGGCCAAAAAUGAUGAUGGUAGUUUUUUUAAAGCCGCUUUGCUAUCCGGUCCUCCCGGCAUAGGUAAAACUACUACUGCCACUUUGGUUUGCAAGGAAUUGGGUUUUGAUGCUGUGGAAUUUAAUGCCUCCGAUACACGCAGCAAACGUUUGCUUAAAGAAGAGGUCUCCGAAUUACUUUCCAACAAGUCUUUGUAUGGCUAUUUCCAUGGCGAUAGCCAGGCUGUUACCAAAAAGCAUGUUCUCAUUAUGGAUGAGGUAGAUGGUAUGGCGGGCAAUGAGGAUCGUGGUGGCAUCCAGGAAUUAAUAGGUCUCAUUAAGGAAUCUUCGGUCCCCAUUAUAUGCAUGUGUAAUGACCGUAAUCAUCAGAAAAUGCGUUCGCUGGUAAACUAUUGUUAUGAUUUGCGUUUCAAUCGUCCCCAAUUGAAACAGAUCAAGGGCAGAAUAAUGAGUAUUUGUGCCAAGGAAAAUAUUAAACUGGAUUCGGGUAAAAUUGAUGAAAUCAUAGCGGCCACCAAUAAUGAUAUACGGCAAUCGAUAAAUCAUAUAUCUUUGCUUAGUGCGGGCAAAGAUCUCAACUUGGCUUCCGACAAAGAGUCUAAGAAAUAUGGUGAGAAAACAGCUGAAAAGGAUUUGAAAAUGGGUCCUUGGGAGGUGGUACGCAAAGUUUUCUCAGCAGAUGAACACAAAACCAUGUCGUUUAAUGAUAAAUGUGAUUUGUUCUUCCAUGACUAUAGUUUGGCUCCCUUGUUUGUGCAGCAAAAUUAUUUGAUUGUUAGUCCCUCGGGACCCAAAUCUGAAGUUCUUAAAAAAGUGGCUUUAACAGCAAAUGCUUUAAGUUUGGGAGAUUUAGUAGACAAAAAAAUACGAUCUAGUAUGGCUUGGGCUCUGCUGCCCACCCAGGCUGUUUUUAGUUCUGUUAUGCCCGGUGAAUAUAUGAGCGGUCAUAUAACUGGACAAAUUAACUUUCCCGGCUGGCUGGGUAAAAAUUCUCGUUCCACCAAACGUUGCCGUUUGGCCCAAGAAAUUCACGAUCAUACCCGCUUGAGAACUUCGGGUUCUCGUCUGUCUGUGCGCCUAGAUUAUGCUCCAUUUUUACUUAAUAAAAUUGUUAAACCUUUGGUAGACAAGGGUUUAGAUGGUAUAGAAGAAUCUCUAGCUACUCUUAAGGAAUAUCAUCUCUUGCGGGAGGAUAUUGAUGGUUUAAUCGAACUAACAACUUGGCCGGGUAAGAAGGGUCCCAUGGAUAAAGUAGACGGUAAGGUUAAGGCCGCUCUAACAAGAGCCUACAAUAAGGAAGUACUGGCUUACACAUACUCAGCUACAGCUGGCGUUAAAAAGAAGCGAGCUGAAGCUUCUGAUGAUAUGGACCAAUUGGCUAUGGAGGAGGGAGAAGAAGGUUCUGCAAAUGUAGAAUCUGAAGAUGAGAAGGAUGAUGCUUUAGAAAAUGAUGCUUUAAUUAAGGCUAAAAAGAAAACUUCUUCCUCAACUACUAAAGCUUCUACUUCGAAGGCUGCAGCAGGCAAAAAAGCUACUACCAGCAAACCUAAAGCUGCAGCUAAACCUAAGAAAUAAGUUAUUUUAUUAAUAUAUAUCUAUAUAAAUACGCACGUUUAAGUUUUGUUGUAUUAUUUCUACAAUUAUUACAGAAUAAAAAAAUAAUUUGUAAUGAUAA